AGAUAAUAGGGAACUUACACAUUUUUUUUUUAAUGCAUAAAUAGAUUUAGUAUUAUCGAAAAAGUACCCAUGCCAAACCACACGUCUUAAAAAUAAACGGUUCAUGAAAUAAAAAUUGAUCAAGUUAAGCUUGCCAUAAACAUAUUUGAAACGCCUGACCAAGCCCGCCAUGCAGGUGACGUCAUGACCCGCUAUCGAUCGGUCUACGGCGUGCGUUACGGAACGAAAAUUAGGCCAUUUUCUCAUUUUGAUGUUUGUAGCUCUGUUUAUAGUGUUUGUUUGCGAAUUUUGUUUAUUUGUCGACCGUGAAUAUCAAUUUAGUUACCAUGAGUAAAAAGUAUAAAUAUUGUUUAGUACCAUUAUGUAAAAAUACAACAGUGAAAACUCCAGAAAAGAUUUUUAUAAGCUUGCCAGGAAAUAAGGACCGCAGAAGAAAGUGGUUAAAAGCAUGUAGGAGAAAUGAAAAUGACAUAUCGCUGUCAAAUAAAGGAGUUUAUGUUUGUGAAGAUCAUUUUAACUUGGAAGAAGAUAUGGACAAUUAUAUCAAAUUUAAGAUUAUGGGUGGCCCAAAAAUAAUGAAACCACAUUCUGUACCUCACAUAUUUGACUGCCAGCCUGAUAGGAAAAGAACCUUCAGUCAGCCUCCUAGACUAACAGCCGCUAAAAGAAUCAGAAGACAAAUUGUGGCUGAUGCAAUAUCGUCUACUCAAGCGUUUACUGAGGGGGAGGUUGUGAGAGAACUGCAGAAUCAGGAGCAUACUGAGCCCAAAAUAAGCGAAGUAGGAGUUAUUGAAGAAGUAGCAGGGGGCAGCUCUGUUUUAGUAGCAGUUAAAAAAAAGGAUGUUUCUAUCCAAGCCCAUCCAAAAGUCAGAAGCAAGUGUUUACAGUGCAACAUUCGUAGCGGUGUUACAGUUGCCUUAUCCCCUUUAAAACAAUCUACAUAUGAUGUCGCAACUACACCAACUAAACCAGUGCCAUGUACUAGUAGCGCUAGUGUAUGUUCAGGUGUUUCUGAGCAUUCAAGUGUGGAUAAGAGUAGUGAAGGAGGAAGUUCAUAUAGUGUAAGUGACUUUUCUGAAGAAUAUCAGUUGUCAUCCAGUGAAAGAAAAGAACUAGAAAGUGAACAAAAGGUAGACAUUCAGAGAUUAUUUUUAAAAUGUACCAUGCAAAAAUUACAAAGAAGACCACGUCUUUAUUUGGGAUUACCAGAAUUUGCAUAUUAUGUAUUUCAGUUACUUGAAAAAUAUAGUGGGUUAGAAAGUAGAUAUAUAUUUUUAACAUUAAAGAAAAUAAGAACUGGGCAUUCAUUUUCAAUUUUAGGGGAUGACUUUGGUACAACUGAAGUUCAUGCCUCACGAAUGUUUUCUAAAUCCUUGCCUGUUAUUAGCAAAUUUUUACGAAAAUGUAUAAUAUCACCUUCAGUGAAUCAAAUCAAAGCAAAUUUACCACUAGCCUUCCGAGCUCGAUAUAGUAAUGUGUUCUGUAUUAUUGAUUGUCUCGAAAUAGAAAUUGAAAAGCCAUCUGAUGCUAUCAAACAGUCAUUAACAUGGUCAGAUUAUAAAAAGUGCAAUACUCUGAAAUACCUUAUUGCUUGUACCCCUGAUGGUAUAAUAAAUUUCAUUUCUACUGGCUUUGGUGGAAGGGCAUCUGAUGCAGUGAUUGUAGAACACAGUGGCUUUUUAAAUAUAUUACCAGAAAAUGUGGCCAUAAUGGCAGAUCGAGGAUUUAAACAUAUUGAACAUUUACUUGUUUCCAAAAAUUGUAUUUUAGUUAGACCCCCUAGUGUUUCAGGAACUGUAAAAUCUUCAAAAGAUGAGGUUUUUGAGACUAAACGUAUAGCUAGUUUAAGAAUACAUGUGGAGAGAGUUAUUCGAAGAAUAAGGGAAUUUUCAUCUCUGGCUCCACAUGCUUGCAUUGAUAUUAAAUUACUACCACAUACAGAUCAAAUCAUUAAAAUAGUAUGUGGACUUAUAAAUUUACAGUCAGGAAUUAUUUCAGGAAAACAAUAAAAUGCUCAUUAUUUAAAUGUUUGUUUAUUACUUACUUUUUCAUGAAAAAUUAAUAUAAUGCAACUUUUUGUUUUGUGAAUGACAGGUUCUUCAAAAUCAUAUACAGGGUUAGGAAAAGUGAAUAUCAUAAAUUAAA